GAGGACAGCGAUCCAGGGGCAUCACGUCCUGCGGCAAUUUUCCUUCACGGGGCUGGCGGAAAUACAGUCGGUUGGUGGCAGCAGAUUCCAGCCUUCGUGCCCAUCUUGCGGUGCAUCGCGUAUGACAUCCGUGGAUAUGGGCGGUCUCCCAAUCCCACUGGCGACAGCAUGACAUUCCUUAUAGCCGACUUGGAAGCGCUCGUGGCCCACCUCUGUCUGACUCGCGUCGUCCUCAUAGCGCAGUCCAUGGGCGGGAGAGCUGCGUUGGGAUAUGCGGUGCGCCACCCAGAUACUGUGCUGGCUUUGAUCAUGGCCGACAACUGGGGGAGCUUUCACUGGCCAGAGCACUACGAGAGGGCAAAGCAGUUCACCAUACCAGAAGGACACCCUCGAGGAGUCGGGAGGAACUUCCCGCAGGAGCAGCCUGCGCUCUACCACUUGUUUCGGUCCAUCGGAGGGUUGAAUCCUCCGCGUCCGCGGCUCGAAGGGCCCACUCCAGGCGGCCCCACAGUCGAGGAGGUUCAACGUCUGGAAGUGCCUGUUCUGUGUAUUGUCGGUGCUGAUGAUGUCAUCUUCCCGCCUUCUCAGAUUCGGGCAUUUGCUGAGCUGCUUCCAAACUCGGUGCUGGGCAGUCAACAAAGGGAUUCAUCUGAUGCAGUAUGCUGGGAGCAGGACAGAAGUAGUCCAAUUUCGUCAGGAGUUUGUGGAGGUGGACGGUGCAGGUCAUUCAGUUUAUUUCGAGAAGGCACAUCUUUUCAACAAGCAAUCGCUGGAUUUCCUCAAGAAGCACAUUCCAGAAUUGGUAAGCUGAGAGACCUUGGCACAUCUUCAUCUCAGUGA